GAACAAAUUUACCCAUCAUGCACCGGCUGUGUUGUUAUCAUCAUGGCGACCGAGGACUCCUGAGGAUUUUUCUCUCGUGAGCCGCGGGUGCGAUCGACACAGUCGUCGCGUUCAAACUGGUGCCGCCUUCGACGCUCAUUCGGAAUUACCAAGUGGACAACGGUCGUUUAAAUGACCCUGCACCGACCAACGCACAGCGCAACAGAGCGGACAAGGCGGAGACAUGAGUGAGCAGUCGGUGGCGUCUGCUCGUGCGGCAGUGCUGGUGUACGAUGACAACAACAAGAAGUGGGUGCCCAGCGGCAGCUCGAGCGGCCUGUCCAAGGUGCACAUCUACCAGCACACGGUCAACGGCACCUUCCGGGUCGUGGGGCGUAAGCUGCACGACCACGAGGUGGUGAUAAACUGCGCCAUACUCAAGACCCUCAAGUACAACCAGGCGACGGCCACUUUCCACCAGUGGCGGGACAACCGGACCGUCUAUGGCCUCAACUUCAGCAGCAAGGACGAUGCGGAGGCAUUUGCUGUGGCCAUGCUGCGUGCCAUCGAGAUGCUCAACCAGAACAAUUCGGUCGCACAAAGGCCGGCCCCCGCCCCGGCGCCCCCCGUGCCUCAGCACGCGCCACAGCCAAUCUACCAGACCAUUGGGAGCGUUGCUUGGUCGCAGGACGACGUCGAGCAUCAAAGGAACAGGCAAAAUCAGCAGCCGGUUCACUACAUGAGCACAAAUGCAGUGGGCAGCAGCAGCCACCCGGUAUCUCCAGCCUGCGCCCCGUCCCAGGCCCCGCCCCCACUCCAAGCCCCGCCCCUCCAAAACAGCCCGCAAGUCCCUCCCCAACCCCAGCCCGCAAUGGGGCACCACCGCACCUCCUCGGCCCCCACCAACAACGGCGUGGCCCCGCCACCGGCGCCGCCUCCUCCGCCCCCAGGCGGCCCCUCUGGCAUGGGUGCGGCCUCUUCCUCGGGGCCUGCCGCAAGUGGCCCGCUGGUGGGCGUGGCCAGCGGGCAGUCUCUCGGGGGCGGGGCCCCGUCGGGGGGACCGCCCCCUCCCCCACCGCCCCCGCCCCCCGGCGGACAGCAGGGCAACGGCGAGGAUGGGGCACCGCUGACGCUGGCAGCAGCUAUUGCCAGCGCGAAACUCAAGAAGUCGGCCAACAAAAUGGGGGAGGGUUCAGACACCCUGAAGAAGUCGCAGGGCAGCGGCACUGGCAGCGCCGGUGUGCCCAUGGGGGGCAUGGCAAGCAUGAUGGACGAGAUGAGAGGCACCUUGGCCAAGAGACGAGCACAAGUCGAAAACAGUCAAAGUCAGGAUGGGGAAAUGUCGUCCGACUCUCGGAAAAAUUGGGACAAGCAGGGUUCCACAAACGGGACCAGCCCAAGCAAAGUGGCUUCCAGUGGGGCCGAAUCACCCAAGUCAGGAAGGGGGCAAAGGAUAGGCUCCCUGGGUGACACGGAGGCCCUGAAGGUGAAUGGGGUGGAUGCCUUCGACGUGGACAAGCUGAAGCAGGAGAUCAUGACUGAGAUCCGCCGAGAGGUCAGCAAGAUGAAGCAGGACAUCAUCGAAGCUAUCAAGGUAGAACUGAACAGGAGAUAAGGGUGGUGACGCUGGGCGUUCAUCCCUCUGCAAACUGUCCUGUACUUGCGAGAUGCCACGUCUCGUCGGCGUCGCCGUUCGUUCCAUCUUCGGUCGCCAUCUUCGUCACGAGAGUCAGGGAGGACUCUGCCGUCUUCCGCGUGAAGGAACAACAUGUGCCGAGUCGUCGACGCCUCCGGUCGUCGCGCGACUUCUUAUUUUUCUUUUUUUUUUUUACGACCGAUGCCGUUACUUAACUUUGGAACGCACUGAGACACAAACAUUUCUCUCAAAAACAUUGCGAAUGCUGGCUUGGUCUUGCUCCGUAAGCCGACAUAACUUACUGGCAAUGCGUUUCAGUUCAAUACCAUGAGUGCUUUUUGUUUUAUUUUUUUACAUUAGAAAGAUUUGUGACUUUAGAAGCCCUUUUUUUUUGUGUGAUAUUGUGGAUGGAGUGCUUGGAAGUGUCUUACGAGAGCCAUCUCUGCUUCGGACACUUGCGCAUCCCUGAAAGUGAACAACUGAUUUUUGCAACGAAUGUACUAUAGUACUUUUCUUUUAUGCUUCGUCGCAUCACCUGCUUUCUCGUAAUCUUGUUUUUCGGUGCCUGUUGCUUCGUAAAUUAUGACUGUAUGCGAGCUGCAAAACUAAAGAAAGACGGUUGACGAGGGCACAAAGCACAAUGUAUUGUACCUUUCAGCAAGUGCGGUUUACGGUCGACCCUCCCAAAGAGCGUGCGAGGCCUUUUUGUUUUUCCCCUAAAAGGGAAAGAGAGACGAGAAUUGUGGAUAUUUUGUUUCCUCUUCAGUGACGUUUUGGACUUUGUGCUCUGUUCUCUUGGGGAACGAGGUGCGUGUCGUAGCGUCCGUGGCGUCGCCCCCGGGCGACUCUUCGAAACUUUUUUUGUCGUAUUUUUCUAUUGGGUUACGAGGAGUCGGCAACCGACCUUUGAGGCAAAGGCGUUUUGCGGACGACGGUCCGUCUAAGGUCGGUGCUACAGAAACGAAGGAAACCGGGCGUUGGUGCGGAGAAUUUAAUUCUUGCCUUAAAACCUUUCUAUAAGCGAACGCGGGAUAUGUGGACUGUUUGUAUGUUUGUACUGCUACGAGGUAUCGCUUCUUCCUUCGAGUCCUCACAAUAUAUAAUAGCGUUUUCCCCCCUGCAUGAGCCGAAAGUGUCAGUCAGUAUAUUGUAACGUAGUGUAACGGACGCCAGGCCAGGACGGAACCCCCCCAACUUGUAACGCAUGGUCGUCCCGCGCUCAGUCUGUGAUGUUUGAACGAGGGGGGUGAAACUUAAGCUCGUUUUCGGCUGGCCUUCAGUUUUCGUUCAUGAACCUUCGUAUAGAGUACCUCCAGCCGACGUUUAUGUUUUUCUCUCGGCAUCGAUCGACAGUUUGCUCAGCUGUAGUUUAGACGAGGGACUACUGACAGUUACAACGACGGUUGAACGAUUCACCUUAGUAUUGUUUUUUCCGAUUGGCUGGAUUGCAUGUCGGCAUGCCAGCUCGAAUGUUACUUCUAUCUCUCUUGCUGGCGAGAGUGGUUUUUGACGAUUGUCAUGCAGUACCUCACAAAAUUUUUUUUUUUUUUUGUGAAAUGUUUUGUUGGACGCGCAGAUUUCUUUCGGCUUGAGUCUCGAUUUCCGGUGGGGUCUGCGAACAGUCCUUGUUACAAAACUGGCCUGUACAUAAGGUUGCCGUAGGUGACCGUUCGGGGGCUCAAAAGCGUCUGCUUUGCUUCGAAGUUGCACCUUUCCCGUGGCUUUCUGUACCGCACACCUAGGCAUGUUCCUGUUCUGUCUCAGUAUUACCGCACCACUUGCAAUCGUGGAUCAUCGGCACUUGGCACGAACCCGACUCCUGCCCCCGGCAAGGGUCAGGUUCUCUUUUAACUAGGUUGCUGCUUGUGUUCGACACCGCAAUACGUGAAACGUGCGACCCAAGAAAAAGGUGCAAUCGUUCCGUUCCUUUGCUCGAAAGGAGACAUUGUAGAAUUUCAGUUCUAAUUUUUUCUGCGGAGACCUUUUUAAUCUUUUACUGUGAGCGGUGAGAGUUUUGCCUCAAUCGAACUGCUUUGAACAACUGUCGUCUUCGUUUUUGGGAGUAUGCAGAAACAUAUCAGGGUUGAUUGGCGAGGCUUCGCGUCCGUGGUUCUGGAACUGUCAAUCAAAUCUCGUUGCUCAUUUAUUUUUAGUUUCUUUUUUUAAUUUUGUGGAUUUUAUAAUUAUCGAUGGGUUAAAAAUGCCUCCACCAUGGAAAGUUCAUGCCAGGGGCGAGGAAUUUACCGAAUUCUUUACCCUUCGCCGACCAUACAUGCGUUUUGAGUUCCCGAUGCCGAGUUCUCCAUUGAUUUGUGGUCACGCGUGCCGUAUUGCGAGCAUUGCGGAGUAUCGACGCACAGAUCGGUGAAUGGCAAUGGUUCGUCCUUUCUCCUGGCCACUAUGCAUUUCUCAAAGGUGCACACCCACUCCAUGUUCGCCGUACUAUCGUGACGCGUCUCACCGAAACGAAAACGGAGCUGAAUUGCGCAUUCGGUUUUUACAUCCUCGGAGUUGUGGUUGUUGCAGUCGCUUGCAGGUUGAGAAUGGUGGGGAGGAGCUUCGGUCUUCUUGCCUUUGACACAAGUUUUGUACCCUCGAUAACAUUUCGACGUCUCAGGCCUUGACUGCGUCGAAAAACGGAUCCUGCCAUUCUCACCCUGCGGGCGACUACAGUAGGUCCUUUGUCCUAGUCUGCCUUCCCCAUUCCACUUUCCUAGACUUUGAUACCAGACAUCAUCCCUCCCCUCCAAAGUUCCUUUGCCCGUUUCCCACAAGGUGCGUAAGCGUGUUUGUGUGUACAUGUAUAUUUGAGAUUUUUGUGAACGGAGUGGCGUUUGUGCUUUUUGGCGUUGGAAGGACGCGGGGCAAUUUCGCCCCAUAUUGUCGGCUCGGAGUCCUGGGAGAAGUGCAUUUGGCAACUUCCUUUCUUCCCAAACUCUUUUUUUUUUGUUCUUUUUUUUUUUUGCAGGUCGUGUUUGUAUAAUGCGGGGGCUUUUCUUAAAGAGAACGUUGGGAGUGUGCAUAAUGAGGAGGAAGGGGAACCAUGUGAAUAAAGACACGAAUCAACAAUGUG